AUGAUGGAUUCGGAAGACCUCGUCCUUCCCAAGUCAAAGACCAACCGAAUUGGCCGCCACGUCGUGACCAUGAGCUCCGGCAAGCAUUACUUGUGCGGUUACUGCGCAGCCAUCACAAACGUCGCUGUCACUUUCCCCCUCCAGAAAGUCCUCUUUCGUCAGCAGCUGUACGGCGUGCGAACCAGAGAUGCGGUACGCCAGCUGCAAAAAGAUGGCCUCCGGAACCUGUACCGAGGGAUCCUUCCUCCGCUGAUGCAGAAGAGCACGACCCUGGCGUUAAUGUUUGGUCUGUAUGAGGACUUCUCCUCCCUCCUCCUCAGUCACGUGGGUGCCCCCGAGCUUCUGACCCGGAGCGUCGCCGCGGUGCUCGCCGGGACGACAGAAGCGGUCCUGACUCCCUUCGAGCGCGUCCAGGUGCUUCUCCAGGACUACAAACAUCACGAUAAAUUCACAAACACUUUCCAGGCAUUCAGGGUCCUCAGAGAGCACGGGAUCAGGGAGUAUUAUCGGGGGCUGGUGCCGAUCCUGCUCCGGAACGGCCCCAGCAACGCACUUUUCUUUGGCCUCAGGGGACCCAUCAAGCAGUGUUUGCCGGAAGCGACCACUUACAGAACUCACUUGAUCAACGAUUUCAUCUGCGGGGGGCUCUUGGGCGCUAUGCUGGGGUUCCUCUUUUUCCCGCUGAACGUUGUGAAAGCCCGCAUGCAGUCCCAGAUCGGCGGGGAGUUCCAGUCCUUCUCCAAGGUCUUCAUGAAGAUCUGGCUGGAGCGGGACCGGAAAGUGACUCAGCUCUUCCGGGGAGCCCACCUCAAUUAUCACCGCUCCCUGAUCUCCUGGGGCAUCAUCAACGCGACCUAUGAGUUCUUGCUCAAGUUGCUAUGA